AGGAUAAAUGUUUGCCAUUGGAAUUGGAAUCCACACCAUCAUCUCGCUUUGACUAUUCAACUCAAUUUCCAAACUUAUUUCUACGAUUUUUUUCUCAAUUGAAUUUCCAAUUAGGGUUUUCGAUUGAUUCGAAUUGAUUUUGGAAAAAUAGAAGGAUAAGGGAAGAUGUGGGCUGCUUCGUGCCUGGCAUCAUGUUGCGCUGCUUGCGCCUGUGACGCCUGCCGUACGGUGGUCUCAGGGAUCAGCCGCCGCUCUGCCCGGAUUGCCUAUUGUGGUCUUUUCGCCCUCUCUCUCUUCGUCUCAUGGAUGCUGCGCGAGGUCGCUGCUCCUCUGAUGGAGAAGCUCCCAUGGAUUAAUACCUUUCAUCAUACACCAAGCAGGGAGUGGUUUGAAACAGAUGCAGUGUUGCGUGUUAGUUUGGGAAAUUUUCUUUUCUUCACCAUCUUUGCUGUUCUAAUGGUUGGUGUGAAAACUCAGAGAGAUCCCCGUGAUGGUUUGCACCAUGGUGGAUGGAUGAUGAAAAUUAUAUGCUGGUGCCUUCUGGUCAUCUUUAUGUUUUUCUUACCAAAUGAGAUUAUUAACCUCUAUGAGACAAUUUCAAAGUUUGGCUCCGGAUUAUUUCUUCUUGUUCAAGUUGUGCUUCUGUUGGAUUUUGUUCACAGAUGGAAUGACACAUGGGUUGGCUAUGAUGAACGGUUCUGGUACAUUGCUCUGUUUGUUGUUUCACUAUUUUGUUAUUUGGCAAGCUUCGUCUUUUCUGGACUUCUCUUCCACUGGUUCACACCAUCUGGACAUGACUGUGGUCUCAACACCUUCUUCAUUGUUAUGACUUUGAUUUCAGUGUUCGUCUUUGCUAUAGUUGCACUACACCCUGCUGUAAACGGUAGCAUCUUGCCAGCAUCAGUCCUAUCUGUGUAUUGCACAUACCUCUGCUACAGUGCACUUUCCAGUGAACCUAGGGAUUAUGAGUGCAAUGGUCUCCACAAGCAUUCUAAAGCAGUUUCUACUGGGACAUUGACUCUCGGACUGUGUACGACUGUUCUAUCUGUUGUAUAUUCAGCUGUUCGUGCAGGAUCUUCUACUACUCUUCUCUCUCCACCAGGCUCCCCUCGUGCUGGUGCUGGGAAGCCUCUGCUACCACUGGACAAGGCAGACGAGCAUGAAGAGAAAGAGAAGUCUAAGCCAGUGUCAUACUCCUAUUCAUUUUUCCACCUUAUUUUCUCUCUGGCUAGUAUGUAUUCGGCAAUGCUUCUAACUGGGUGGUCGACCUCAGUCGGCGCAAGCGGGAAGUUGGUCGACGUUGGCUGGCCAUCCGUGUGGGUGAGGAUUAUAACUGGUUGGGUAACUGCAGCUCUGUACAUCUGGUCUCUCAUUGCACCUAUUAUGUUCCCCGAGAGGGAAUUCUAAACCCUCAAUGUAAACAAGCCAUGGGUUUGGUAUGGUUACGCCUGUCUACACUAACUAUGUCUUGCUGUAAUUUUGGUAAAUUGCGUAGUGCUGUGUAAAUAAAAUGGUUAUGCUGUUAUGGUGAAUGAUUGAAUUGUGACAGUUGUGUGGAUCAUAUAUUUCCUUAUUGUACUAAUAUGGUGACAAUUGUGUGCUGAGUUUUUAUGAAGAAAACUCUUUUUGGGUUUUGAUGGGAA